AUGGCUGGUAAGUGCGAGAUUAGAGUUCUGUUUGAAAAACCCUCUAACUGCAACAGCAUCACGGCAGCCGGGGUCUGUCCUGAUCAACCAUUCCUUGAGAGGUCAUGGCAGAGUGUCAAGCGUUGCUUCGACGUGAACGUCUUAGGUACGUAUUAUGCAGCACAGCUUGCCGCCAAGCACAUGGUUAGCCAGAAGCACGACAGAAAUACUACAUCCAGUAUUGUCAUGAUCGGAUCUGUGGCGGCUCAUCGAGCCAGUACGGGGCAGUUCGUCAGUGACUACUGCUCCAGCAAGGGUGCCGUUCUGGCCCUUGUACGAGAAUUGGCUGUAGAGUUGGCGCAGCAUGAGAUUCGUGUCAAUUGUAUUUCACCAGGGUACAUUCGAACGGACAUGAUGUUCGAUAUUGCGCGGUCCAGACCGGAUCUGGCAUCAAUUCUGACAUCUGAGCCACCCAUGAAGCGGAUGGGUGAUCGGGCAGACCUGAAAGGAGCAGCUGUGUAUUUGCUGAGUGAAGCGAGUGCUUAUAUGACUGGGGGUGAGAUGCUAGUCACCGGUGGGCUCCACGCUGGACGGGUGGAGUAA